CCCCUCCUACCUGCCUGCUAUCCACUUGCAGUACAUUUUUGUUGACACACGAGAAUCCGACCCAUGCAUGCAUUCACACACACACACACACACAGACAGACACACUCUCACACAUACUCACAGAGAGGAAAUAUUUUUCACUCACGCAGAUGGCUGCUAGCUCACUCCUCUCUCCCUCUCUUUCUAUAAGCAGGUGUUAAUAUGCAACACUAAACUAUUAGAGACCGACAAAGAGAGAGGAGAGGGAGGAUAGAAAGAAUAGGAGAGAGUGCACUACCCCAACAGUAGCAGAGGGAGAGAAAGAGAGCGAGAAGGAUUGUGAGCAAGGAGAGGGAGAGCAAAAGCUUAAAGAGGGAUCUGCAUGGUAAGUAGCCAGAAGAGCGAACACUUAAAACACUUUUUUUUAAAACUGCUUUUUGAAGGAGAAGAGGGAUACAACUGAGGAGUCUGGACCCUGUCGACCAGUUCCCUUGCCUGGGCACACUGGUCUUCAGACGAGUGGAGUAAAAAGUGAAGGAAAACGACUGAAGGGAAAGAAGCCGGGAGGAACACAAGGCAGUCAUGGAUAGCACAUAGAGGCUCAGCCAGACGCUAGGAUGGCCUGGAUUCUCACACUGUCGCUGGCAACCGUCCAGCCCAGAAGCUACUGAUACUCAUGAGCUCCCAUGUGUUCUCUCAGUCAUGCUUCCUGGGUAUGGAUUUUCCCCUCUCCCUGACUUCCAGCCUCAUCUACACGCCUUCCGUUUCCGAGGAAAGAGCCCCAUUAUGUGGAUCCCGGUCUCAGGCGAGUCCCAGGCUUUGAGCGAGGCCCCGGACGACAUGCCUCUCCUCCGGCAGUGCCACCACAAGCACAUCGCUGUGUGUCAGCAGGAGACUCUGACCUUCAUCGAGCUGCAGCCGCCUGUGACACCCAGCGUCAAAGGCUGGGGCUCCCCAACUGCAAACACUCAACGCUUCAGCCCGUUGUCUCUGAAUCAUCCUAAACACACAAGUGAAGCACAAAUUGGCAGUGGGAGAAGUGAUUAUUACACUGAUACUAAUACGAACCUGAGUUUAGACUCUCCAACGCUAGGGGGCGAGGUUGAGCUGGUUAUCCAGGAAGAUAUCAGGACUAACCCUCCAGUGCAGGAGCAGUAUGAGAGACCCAUGACGGUGUCAUCUGUGUUUCUUCCCCUCCACGCAGCCCUCAGCCUGCCCCUGUCCCUCCCUCUGUCCUCCCUGUACAGAGACACAGACUCCUGGGACUCUCAGCCACCUGGCUCUCCAUCCUCUCCUGAGCUUCCAUGGCUGCAGAGCCCAGAUACCUGUCGACCCCAGAGGAGGUCAUCACAGAGCUCCGUCAGGGAAAAGUCCAUCCGGCGUAAGGUGCGGGUAUACUCACCAGACAGCCUGAGUGACGAGUCUCUGGCCAGCCCCAUUCUGGACGGCGACUACCUUUUCCCAGGACCCUUUGACUUCUUUCUGGAAGAGGACCUCAGGGGAGACCCUGAAGACGCCGUGAGUCCCUCAUCAACGGGGGGUGCCGUAGACCCCCAAACCCCCAACCCUCCAAAGAUUCCACCCCUGUCCGCAGAGCCACAUCGGUCGUCAGAGGACUCCUCUGUCUUGAACUCUGGGGCUGUAGAGAAUUCCUCGGCCACCGGGGGGAGCGCUUUAGCCUGCUCCCGUAUGGCCGAACAUGAGCGGCGUCGCUUCUCUGCCUCUGAGCUGAUCUCACGGCUGCAGCUGUCCCAGAGGAAGAACUCGUUCACGCUAAAGCUAGGCAAGUCGUUGUCGGCUCGCGUGGCUUCCCGUGACAGGCAGACCUCCAGCAACCUCAGUCCCAGCGCUGACUAUAAGGCCACUUCCAGGCACCGUGGCUCAGGUGGUUCCAGUCACAGCGCCCCCCACAGUCCUGUAGGACCUGUACCACCACUACCCACUGCUGACAAUAACACGCAACAACAUCGACGGAGCACUGGAUUUGCAAUCAAAAAUAUAAGGAAGAAAUCCAUCGAGGAGGAUUGGUUUACUCCUCCCACAGUCAGCAGCUCCAAUCGUCUGUCACGGUUUCUCCCCAGCUCAAUUCUGUACCAGGAGUACAGUGAUGUUGCAAUCAACCGAGAAAUCCAGAGGCAGCAGGGAGAGGAGCCAGGUGCUGAGGAGGAGAGGCUAAGGGUAGAAGGGGCUGGGGAGGCCCCAUCUCCGUCCAAUCUGUCUCCGUCUAGCUCCUUUUGCUCGUCACGAGGCUCCGCCUUCUCCCUGUGGCAGGACAUCCCUGAUGUCCAGACCAGCGAUCAGCUGGACAACUUCAGCAACGAGGAGCGCAAACUACAGGAGGCCAAGUUUGAGCUAGUGACAUCUGAGGCGUCGUACAUCCGGAGCCUGGCCAUCGCGGUGGACCACUUUAUGCUGUCCCAGGAGCUGGGGGAGUGUCUGGGGACCCAGGACAGACAGUGGCUCUUCUCCAAGCUCCCCGAGGUCAAGGACGUCAGUGAGCGGUUCCUGCAGGACCUGGAGCACAGGUUAGAGGAGGACAUCUUGCGUUUUGACGUAUGCGACAUCGUCCUGGCCCACUGUCCUGCCCUGCGAAGGGUCUACCUCCCUUACGUGACCAACCAGGCCUACCAGGAACAGACCUACCAGCGCCUGUUACAGGAGAAUGCUCGCUUCCCAGGUAUCCUGGCUCGUUUGGAGGAAGACCCCAUCUGCCAGCGUCUUCCCCUUGCCUCCUUCCUCAUCCUCCCCUUCCAGAGGAUCACACGGCUUAAGAUGCUGGUGGAAAAUAUCCUGAAGAGGACAACACCAGGCUCUAGGGGUGAAGACACAGCCACCAAGGCCUUCAAUGAACUGAAAAGGCUUAUAAAGGAGUGUAACUCCAGUGUGCAAUCAAUGAAGAGGAUGGAAGAGCUCAUUCACCUCAAUAAGAAGAUCCACUUUGAGGGCAAGAUAUUCCCUCUGAUCUCCCAGUCUCGCUGGCUGGUCAAACACGGGGAACUGCUGGAGGUGGACACACAGACCAUGAGUAUUUCUGGGUCAAAGUUCAAGUUGCCCACAAGGCCUGUUUAUCUGCAUCUGUUCAAUGACUGUCUUCUGCUGUCCAGGAGGAAAGACACGUGGAAGUUCAUGGUGUUUGUUCACGCUAAGAUUGGGCAGCUGAAGGUGAAGGACUUCAGUCAGAAGCUCCAGGGCAUCUCAGGCUUUAUAUUCCACCUCCAGCUGUGUGAGGGCCAGCAGCUCAAACACCACAUCCUGCUCAAGGCCCACACUGAGAGUGGGAAACAGAGAUGGAUCACAGCCAUGUUCCCCUCUGAUCCAUUGGAAGACAUUGAGCAGGCCAGUGAGAAUUAUGAUCUUUCUCAAGUUCAGUGCAUCAAGAGCUACCAGGCCCAAGAGCAUGACGAGCUAACAUUGGAGAAGGCUGAUAUUCUUCAAGCCAAGACCAUUACAAGUGACGGCUGGGUGGAGGGCAUUCGGCUGUCAGAUGGGGAGCGGGGCUGGUUCCCCAAAACCAAUGUAGAGGAGAUCACAAAUCGCAGUGCGCGUCUCCGCAACCUCAGAGAAAACAUCCGCAUCAAGUGUGUCACACAGAAACUGGAGAAGGAGCUCUUUUAAGUGUCCUCUCCACCCUGCAGCUUUUAACUUACACUUGGAAUGUCCAAUCGUAAUGGUGUAGUAACUCUCAACCCCAAAUAUCUAUAAGUCC